GGGGCGUUCGGUACGCGCAGGGCGGCCGGAGCAGCAUGGCGGAAGACGAGAGCGAUCAGGAGUCGGAGCGGCUCAGCGAGGAGCUGGAGGCUCUUGUGACGCUGGGGCUGCCCGCCGGGCUCCCGGCCCUGCUCAGCAGCCAGUAUUACUGCCGCCGCUUCUGCCAGGUUGUUGAAGACUAUGCUGGAAGAUGUCAGGUUCCUUUGCCUCAGCUUCAGGUGCUUCAGACAGCGCUCUGUUGUUUUACAUCUGCCUGUGUGUCAUUCCCAGCUGAAUGUGAGCACGUACAAUAUGUUUUGAGUAGCCUAGCUUUGAGUUUUUUUGAAUUGCUGCUGUUCUUUGGAAAGGAUGAGUUCUAUGAAGAUCCUUUGAAAGAUAUUUUAGGUUCAAUCCAGGAAUGUCAGAAUCUUCUAAAUAAAUACAGAAAUAUGAACCUGGAACUAGUGACUCGAAUUAUCCGAGAUGGUGGACCAUGGGAAGAUCCAGUAUUACAAGCAAUUCUUAAAGCAAAGCCUGUAUCACAGGAAUUAGUUAACAAAUAUUUAAGCUCUGAAAAUCCACUGUUCUUUGAACUACGUGCCAGAUACCUUAUUGCCUGUGAACGCAUCCCUGAGGCAAUGGCUCUUAUCAAAUCUUGCAUAAAUCAUCCAGAUAUCAGUAAAGAUCUGUAUUUCCAUCAAGCUCUUUUCACCUGUCUUUAUAUGUCACCAUUAGAAGAUCAGCUAUUCCAGGAGCACUUGUUGAGGACUGAUUGCAAGAGUGGAAUUGAGAUCAUCUGCAACACUGAAAAAGAAGGGAAGACUACCUUAGCCUUGCAACUAUGUGAAUCGUUCCUAGUCCCACAGCUCCAAAAUGGGGACAUGUAUUGUAUAUGGGACCUGAUCUUCAUUUGGAGUAAAUUGCAGCUUAAAUCUAACCCAUCAAAACAAGUAUUUGUUGACCAAUGCUACCAGCUUUUAAGAAUUGCUACAAAUAUCAGAGUAAUUUUCCCUUUCAUGAAAGUCAUUAAGGAUGAAGUUGGUGAAGAUGGUCUUCAGAUAUGUGUUGAAAUAUGUGGAUGUGCCCUGCAACUGGACCUCCGUGAAGAUCCCAACAUGAAAAGUCUCAUAUAUAAAGCGAUAGCUCAUUUUUUGCCAAAUGACUUGGAGAUCCUCAGAAUUUGUGCACUUUCAGUCUUUUUUCUUGAGCGUACCCUGGAAUCAUACUACACUGUAGAACAUUUAUACAAAUGUGCAGAUGAAGAAUACAAUGAGUGCACUAGUUCUGUUCAAAACCGUGUACGUUUUGAAUUGCUUCCAAUUUUAAAAAAAGGUCUAUUUUUUGAUCCAGAAUUUUGGAAUUUCUUGAUGAUCAAGCAGAAUUGUUUAGCAUUAUUGGGGGAUAAAGCCUUUGCUGGUUUAAGUGAAAGUACACUGGAAAACUCUACUGCAAAUACAGAGAAGAUAACAGAGUAUACGGCUUUAAGUGAAGACCACGCCUGCCUAACAGAUGUAAAUAAUGGGGAGCUUGACACUGAAGACCUGUCUGAAGUCCAGUCCAAAGGUAAUGCCAAAAAGAAUCAUGCAGCUCUUGAGACAUCUAAAAUGUUAGAUCAUACCGUACCGAAGCACCGUUGUGUGAUAUGCAACAAGGAAUUUCUUGGUGGUCACAUUGUGAGACAUGCACAAGCUCACCAGAAAAAGGGCAGUUUUUCCUGUGUACUUUGCAGCAGAAAGUUCAGGCAAAGAGGACUUAUGCUGAAGCACUUAAAAAAUCAUGUCAGAAAGAUAGAAAGGCAACAUCUUGCUGCAGUUCUUGAGGACAGACAGGAGACUCCAGUCUCUAAUGAACUAGAAUGUUCUGAAGUUUCUGUCUCUCUUGAAAAUGGGAAUUCUGAUGCUUCUAAAGAUAAUGAACUAGUGACUGCAAUAGUUCCAAGUGCUGAUGUGGAAGAAGAGAAUACUGAACAGAUAUUUGAUACGGUAGAAAAUCAUCUAAGUGACCAGGAUGAUGUAACUGAAAACAGCAGCUGUGACAGCUGUUUUAAUAACAUCCCUGAUGCUUUAAAUACAGAAAGCUUGCCAGAAGAUGAUGGAAGCUCCAGUAAAGAGUCACCGGUCCUUCAUAAAGUAAAUGGAGCUUUUUGCCCUCAGAAAGAUGUGGAUGCUAUGGAUCAAGAAGGAAGCUUUAACUGCCCUGCCAAUGGUUGUGCUAGGGUGUUUAAAAAGAUAAGAUUCCUCAAUAAACACGCAAGAAAAGCUCAUCCAACUGAUUUGAAGGUGCAGCAACAUAUAAUGAAAUGGAAUAAAGGAAAAUGUCGGUUUUGUCAGAGAAAAUUUGCUGAUUCACAACAUUUUAUAGACCACCUGAAGAGACAUGUGUAUCCGAAUGUUUACUUCUGUUUACAUUUUAAUUGUAAUCAGAGAUUUAAGCUGUCGACUGAACUGGCAGAACAUACAAAAAGUCAUAGUGUUUUUAAAGCUCAGUGCAAUUUUGCAGAGUGUUGUGAGCUAUUUGAAGAGCUCCCUUUGCUGUAUGAACAUGAGGCUCAGCAUUAUUUAAAUAAAACACCAGAAGGUUCAGAAGAUGCAAGUGAAAAAGAUUCUUCAGAUGAUUCUUCAGAACUGCUUUGUAGCUACCAAGAAAGUGAUGCAUCUAUGAAUGAAACAGAAACUGUAGAUUUACCAAUUCCAACUUGGAAGUCAAGGAAGGAUUCUACAGAACCAAAGACUUACAUUCAAAGUGUUGAAAAGAAAGCAAAUAAUGUAAUUCAGAAUGGAAAUGAAAGCUCAUCUGAGGGUAGUGCUACAGUUUUAAGCUCAACAGACCAAAAGACACCUGUGUUACAGCCAAAUUCUGAAAACUGUAGUGUUGUUAGUGACCAACUAGUCAAUGGGCACAGUGACCUGGAGCAGACAUCGUCAAAGUCACCAGAAAUAGCUUUGGACAGAGUGGCAGAUGAAACAAGGACAGAAAAUGGGUCAGUGUUACCAGUUUUACAGAAUUGUCAUGAUACACCCCAAAAUAGUGCUGCUGCCUCGCAGUUAUCUUCUAAACCAAAUCAGACGACAGAGAAUACUUCAUAUGGUGUCAUCUUAACAAAACCUUAUGUUAGACCGCUGCCUCCAAGUUAUCUUGAUGAACGUUACAUUAGCAUGCCAAAACGCAGAAAAUUUUUGACUGAUAAAGUAGAUGCUCAUUCUGAGCAAGAUAAAGUUUGUAGCAAAUCAACAGAAAGAUUUAGAUGUGGCAACUGCUUGACCAUCUACUGUAACUCGGAAGCACUUGAGGCUCACCUUGCACAAAAGAAAUGUCAGACGCUCUUUGGAUUCGAUUCAGAUGACGAAAGUGCCUGAUUAAAUGUUGUGAAAAAAUGUAUCAAACAAGGAGUGGUGUAAGAAAACACUACAUGAAGAAGCAUCAGUUUGUUUCCCAGUUGGCCUUAAUCACAAAGCAGUCUCAAAUUACUAAAGAGAAACAUGAUCUUGAUAAAGACAAAGCACAUUUUCUAGAUAGAACUCACAGAGGAAUAAUACGACCUGUGCAGGUUUUGAGUCCAGAAAGGUUGCUACAAAAUCCCCAAAGUACCAGUAAUCCGAAAAGCCACAUUAAUUUCAAAUGCGUGAUUGAAGCUUAGCGGCACAGUCUUUCUAACACAAAAGUUUAAGGAAAAUAAUGCAUUCAGUUGAGCAGAGAGAGAGCAGAUAUGGUAAUUGCCUUAUGGAAAGUAAAACAGUUGAUACCUUAAGCUGCUUUAAUUAGAAAACAGUUUCAUGAGUGGUUAGAGGAUAUCCAUCCAUCACUUAAAGUAUCACAGUAAUUAUGAUAUAAGACACAGAUAGAAGAACCAGGCAUUCUUUUUUCAGAGUUUGUGAUUCCAUUUUCUGCUAAAAAAGCAUGACACUCAUUCAGUAAACUUGUAGUGAGAAUCCAAAAAGAGGAAUGUAGAGAGAAAUCUAAGAUAGAAGGAAUGCAGCACUAAUAGCCAAAAACUACAGAGUAUGCAAGGCAAAGUGUGUUGGUAUGAUAUUAAGUGUGUAAGUUAUACACGGUGGAAAUGGGGUGCCUGCAAGAAAAGUCCUUUUCAAGGCUAUGGUAAAAGUAUAUGUUAAGACUGUUGGGAAGUGUCAUAUACAACAUCUGUUUUACGUGCAGGAAAACUAAUGCAAGUACAUUGCACAAGUUGUGUAGAUAUUAACAGAAGCAGACAAAUAACAGUGCAAAGAGGGAUGAAUUUGCAUAGCAGGGCAGAGGUAAGCUAAUUUGGUGCAAAUACAGAGAGAGAGAUCUUUCAGCUGUUGGUAUGACUGAAAGAACUUGAAAAAAUGGCUUCAUGGAGGGGGAAGAAAACAAUUUUUAAUGAAGACAGGCAAAACUAGUGCACAUGUCAAUUUAGAAAUGCCAGUUCAGGAAAAUGCAGGUCAGGAAGAGCCUAUUUCACCUAUGUGAUAUGGCUUAGUGGUGGUAGAUCAUAACUCAGUGCUCUUAGUAAUUAUGUACUGCCUAAAGGAAGGGAGAAAACAUGCAACAAUUCAGCCUUAAGAAAUAUUACAACCCUAUGUAGUAUCAUUUCUGGAAAAGGUAGUCCUUCCCAGAGACUAGUGAAGGUGUUGGAUGCUAAGCACUUUAUCCAGCAGUUGGGUUUGAUUAAAAAAAAAAAAAAAAAAAAA